CUUCUUUAGUGUUGGGUAGCCCAAGAAAAGCUUCAGGACGAGAGUUGGGGAACUCGACGAGUUGGGUUGUCAGUGUGUGGCAGUGAGUGGGCCGAGCCGAGAGGAAGCGAGAGCGCCCGAGUUUGCAGAGAGCUGCUUUGUGUUUGAACACAGUUAUGGCCACCCAGGUAAUGGGACAAUCUUCUGGAGGAGGAGGGCUGUUCCCCAGCAGUGGUAGCAUCGGCAUGGCCUUGCCUAAUGACAUGUACGACUUGCCUGAUCUCUCCAGAGCAGAACUGGCUGCGCCUCAGCUUAUCAUGUUGGCAAAUGUGGCCCUAACUGGGGAAGUAAACGGCAGUUGCUGUGAUUACCUGGUUGGCGAAGAAAGACAGAUGGCAGAAUUGAUGCCUGUUGGGGAUAACAAUUUUUCAGAUAGUGAUGGAGAAGGACUUGAGGAGUCUCCUGAAGCAAAAGGCGAGCACAAUGGACUGGAAAACAUGGAACUGGAAAGUUUGGAACUCGGUGUUGUGGAACCACAGCCUGUGUUUGAGGUGUCAACUGCCCCAGAAACAUACAGCUUAAAUAAAAAUCUUCCUCCGGAAGCACCUGUAACAGAGGACAAAUGCAAGAACUUGAAGACCAAACCUUUUCGCUGUAAACCAUGCCAAUAUGAAGCAGAAUCUGAAGAACAGUUUGUGCAUCACAUCCGAGUUCAUAGUGCCAAGAAAUUUUUUGUGGAAGAAAGUGCAGAGAAACAAGCAAAAGCCAGGGAAUCCAACUCUUCCACUGCAGAAGAGGGAGAUUUCUCCAAGGGCCCCAUCCGCUGUGACCGCUGCGGCUACAAUACCAAUCGAUAUGAUCACUAUACCGCUCACCUGAAACACCACACCAGAGCCGGGGAUAAUGAGCGAGUCUACAAGUGCAUCAUUUGCACGUACACCACAGUAAGCGAAUAUCACUGGAGGAAACACUUGAGAAACCAUUUUCCAAGGAAAGUGUACACAUGUGGAAAAUGCAACUAUUUUUCAGACAGAAAAAACAAUUAUGUUCAGCAUGUUCGAACUCAUACAGGAGAACGCCCAUAUAAAUGUGAACUUUGUCCUUACUCUAGUUCCCAGAAGACUCAUCUAACGAGACAUAUGCGUACUCAUUCAGGUGAGAAGCCAUUUAAGUGUGACCAGUGCAGUUAUGUGGCCUCUAAUCAACACGAAGUAACCCGCCAUGCAAGACAGGUUCACAAUGGGCCUAAACCUCUUAACUGCCCACACUGUGACUACAAAACAGCAGAUAGAAGUAAUUUCAAAAAACACGUAGAGCUGCAUGUGAAUCCACGGCAAUUCAAUUGCCCUGUAUGUGACUAUGCAGCUUCCAAGAAGUGCAAUCUGCAGUAUCACUUCAAAUCUAAGCAUCCUACUUGUCCUGAUAAAACAAUGGAUGUCUCAAAAGUGAAACUAAAGAAAACCAAAAAGCGAGAGGCUGACUUGCCUGAUAACAAAAUUACUGAUGAGAAAACAGAAACAGAGCAGACGAAAGUAAAGGGGGAUGUGUCUGGGAAGAAAAACGAGAGGUCUGUAAAAGUGGAGAAAAAAGAUAAUGUUUCAAAAGAGAAAAAGCCUUACAGUAGUGCCUCAACCCAAAUGGCUACCAGAACUCGCAAAUCAGCCACAGAAACUAAAGAAAUGGACAUGCAUACAGGAAAUAACUCAGAAAAAACCUUUAAAACCAAGAAAAGCAAAAGGAAGAUGGAAGCUGAAGCCCAUUCCUUGCAAGAUCCUGUUAAUGAUGAGGAACCUGUGAGAAAAAAGAAAAAGAAGGCAGAAAGCAAAUCAAGAAAUAUACAGGAAGUGCUGAAGGGUGACAGCAAAAUAGAUGAGAAUAAAGAGCAAAAUAUUUGUAUGAAAAAAAGUACGAAAAAGAAGACUCUGAAAAAUAAAUCAUGUAAAAAAGGCAGCAAGUCUGCUCAAAGGGAGACUGUUCAGAGGAGGCCUUCUCAGAUGGAGCCUGUGCAGAUAGAGCCUCCGCCUCCCAUGGCAUCUGUUCAGGCGGGGCCUGUUCAGGCGGAAGCAACUCCCCCCUUGGGGCCUGCUGAGGUCGAGGUUGUUCAGAAGGGGCCUGUGCACAUGGAGCCUCCUCUUCCCUUGGGGCCUGCUGAGGUCGAGGUUGUUCAGAAGGGGCUUGUUGAGAUGGAGCCGCUGCCUCCCACGGAGCCGAUCCCCAAAAGGUCUCCUCGAAAAGAUAAUAAGAAGGAAAAGUCCAACAUGCAGGGUGAAGUGGCACAGAAAGAGCAGGUCCUUAUUGAAGUUGGCUUAGUGCCUGUUGCAGAUAGGCCGCUUCUAAAGGAAAGCACCGGUACACAGGAUCUCUUAGCACCGUCACCACCUCUGCCAAAGGAAAACGUAAAGGAAGAGGAGACAAAAGACCAAAAAUUACUCACUGCAGACGAAGGAAAUAAAGAAGACCCUCUUCAAAAAGUGGAAGCAGAAGAUGCAGGUAAGAGUCUAGCUGGUCUUGCUGCUGUUACCAAGGAAUCUGCCCCUAUUUCACCCUCUGAAAAAAACUUGAAUUUGCCAGAGGGUGAAACUUCAGAUGGUGGACAUCAGGCUGACACUGUGCUUUGUGAAAUGGAAGUGGACACUGAGGAGAACAAAACAGAGAAUCCCUCCGGCAGAGACCCAGCAGUUGAAGAGCCAGUUCCACCACCGCUUCUUCCUCUGCCACUGGAGAAACAUGAAGCAGUGUCCAAAACUGCUGUGGCAUCACCUCCUGUCACCAUGGCAGUAAAUGAGUCUCAGGAAAUGGAUGAAGACGAAGGCAUCCACAGUCAUGAUGGAAGUGACCUAAGUGAUAACAUGUCAGAGGAUAGUGAUGAUUCUGGAUUGAAUGGGGCUCGGCAAGUUCCACAAGAAACUAGUAGAAAGAAUUCAAAGGAAGCCUCGGCAGUCAAGGUGACUGAGGGAGAUUUUGUUUGUAUCUUCUGUGAUCGGUCUUUUAGAAAGGAGAAAGAUUACAGCAAACACCUCAAUCGCCAUUUGGUUAAUGUGUACUUCCUUGAAAAGGCAGCUCAAGGGCAGGAGUAAUUAAACUUUGGAGAAGGCUUCAGUUCUUAAUUUGUAAGGUCUAUGACAUUUUAUCUUCAUUUGUAGUUGUAGACAACUUUUUGUUUUUAAAAUUGCUUUAAUAAGUGUUCAAUGUUGAUUUUUAAGUGGCACUCUUUUCCUUAGGACUCUGUAUACCUAUUGAUGUGUAAAUUUUAGUAAAUCCAAGGGAGUUAGUGUGCUAAACCAGCAGACACCUAAAUCUGUUAGCUUAUGCAUUUAAUUGAACCAGGAAGGCCCAGGUGAUACUGGAUAGAGCAUUCUAUUGCUUUGUCCAGAUAUAACUUGUUAGUUUUUUCCCCAUGUCUAUCUUCCUCUUUCACUUUUGUUUAUUCUUAGUUCCUUGUCUAGCUGUAUACAAAUUGGCAUACUUAAAAAGCAAAUUACUUGAAGAAUUUGCCUGCUUUAUAUAAAGUUAGCACUUUAAAAUUGUUUUAGUGAUGAGAGGAGACAUUUAAAGUGAAGAGAAAUUCUCCCAGCAAAGGACAUUAUGUCAGUCAAGGUAUUUACUUCCUGAGUUUUGAUCAAUGUUUUUAUUUGUGUAUGUUAAUUGUUACAAAAACAAUGAUUUUGGUGGUUUUUUUUUUUUGGUGCUUUAAUGGCUUAAGAUAUUGCACAUUGUUGUUGUUUUUAACCUAUGCAGUUAAAUUUUUCUAGAAAUAGCAUUUGUAUUGUAACACUUUAUACAUAUAUAUGCAUGUUUCUUUUUUCCUCUUUGGAGGGAUGCUUUUUAGUCUUGUUUGCAAAAGGGCAGUUUUCUUUUUCCUUUGCUGCAAUUGUCUUUUUUAGUGUGUGCAAAUUUGUGAGCAAAUGAAAUAUGCAGGUUCAGUCCAUAGAUAUUGAUUUUAUUAUCUUAUAUCUAUGCCAGAAUCUGUAUUUCAUAUAAGUAAUUUAUUUUAAAUGGGUGAAGUGAAUUCACAGCUUUCAGUUUGAACUUUUCAGUAAAUAAACCACUAGGCUCUAUACUGAAUGGAUUUUUAUCUCAAAUAGCAACCAUAAUUAAAAUUAUUUGGUCUGCUUUGGGUACAACUCCUUCGUAAUUGUACAGUGUUAAACCUGUAAAUUGUACAGGUUUGAAGAAAACCUUUUUUAAUAGAUGGUUGGUGUUUAUAUGUCAGAGCUGUAAAUGAUAUUUGGAAAUUGCAAAUUUGAAAUUAGGAGGCAUACUUUCUCCUUCAAGUUACACAGAUUAUCAUUUUGUGAGUCCAAAGCCAUAGCAGUUAUACAGAAAACCUAGGAUGAGAAAGGUAGUAUGAGUGCUGGUAGACCAGCUGCUGCUUCUGUGAGUACAAUGAAAAAGGCUGGUGAAACUUAAGUACAGUCCAGAUUUUUAAAAAAAUCACACUUUCUCAGGGAUCUCCACCAAGUAGUGGGUUUCCUGGCUGUUCCCAUGACAGACAGCCUUUUUCUCCAGGUGAGGCCUCAAUAAAUUGCAGCUAUUCUGGUGUUCCUAUGGGGGCACUUUGUGGAAAUAGUGUGUACUCCCAAUCUGUGUUGGUAGGUUCUUUGGUUAGUUGCCAAAGAAUGUGAAAGAAUCUAAUAUAGGUUUUUUCCUUGCUGGCAGUUAUUCAUUGCAGUAAAAUAAAGUGGGAUCCCAGUAGGGAAGCUUGAUUCUGAUACUCCCAUGUUCUAUUCUGAAAUAACCACUUUAUAUUUCAUUUAUUUUUUUGUCUAGUAAUCUCUGAGGCAGGUUUCAAGAGCUCAUCAAUAUAACAUGAAAGAUUAGGAAAAGCAUUGAUGAAGUAUGGGUGGAAAAUUUGUUAAUGUGAGAGGAAAAAUUGAUUGGGAGGCCAAAGAUUUAAAGAAGCAGGAGAUUCUCUCAAGAGAAGAGGAGUAAGUUGUGUGUUAUUAUGUGUGUUUUGUAUGCGUGAAUGGAGAUUUGUAAAUGAUACUGAAUUCUAGGUGAAUUCUUGGCUUCGACAAUCAUUGUCAACAGAUCAAGCUGCAACAUAUUUAUGUUUUAAAACUUAAAUUAUAAGGCUAGUUAAAUCUUUUUAACAACUACAUUUAAUGUUCAUUGGUAUAUUUUAUGUAAGUUACCUUUUACAAUAUAUAUAAAAAAAUUCAUGUUAAGUACAAAUUGGAGAUUGGGAAUCAGCUUAGGGAAGAGGUUUUUGUGGAUCUUCCGUGCUACCAAAGGAAAAAAUUCAACUUCUGGGGAAUUGGACAAAUUUUCUUACCUAGUAUUUAAGACUAGAAUGCCAAAAAGAAAAAUACGAAGGAAAUUAAAAUCCCUAAUUAGCACAGUUAUCUGUGAAAACAUUGUUACUGGAAAUUGAGUGGACUUGAGGUCUUUCUUCCAGAAAACAGGGACUUGAUUGUCAGACCUAUAUUAGGUUCUGAACCUUAAUGCCAUGUAUUUGUACUUAUUAAAAAUUGUUUCAAUGAAAAGUAUAUUAGUAAAAUGAACUUCUAGUCGAGCUGGGAGUUCUUCCAAUUGAAAAAAUGUGAUAUUUGUGUGGGACUGUUUGAAUCUUUUUGUUUCCUGAGUUUCCCCUCCACUGAGUUGAAGCUAGAAUUUCCCUUUUGAUAAAAGAAUGAAAAGUGAACGUUAUUUGUAAAUUGAUGUUUAGUACUAGAGAGAAAGUUGAAAUGCUUAGAAUAUAAGCCUAAUCCUAGGUAGCCUUAUAAAAAUGUAUCUCUAUUAACUGUCCCCUGAACCUGUAUUUACAUUGAUUUUCAAGAUAAAUUUUAAGUUAUAUUUUUUCCUCUUUUCAGAGCUGCUUCUGAGGGGUUGCUUUUUUCUUUUCCUUUUCUUUCUUUUCUUUCUUUUCUUUCUUUUCUUUCUUUUCUUUCU